AUGGAGUCCAAUCUGUCCUGCCUGUCUUCACUGAAAGAAGAGGAGAUCCCGGUUUACGUUCAGCCGCAUUACAAGGAAUCCUACCGCCUGGCCAUUUACGCCCUGCUCUGCGGGGGCAAAGAGGCCUACGAGGAGUUCCUCCGAGCCGAGCAGAUCAGCCACUUGUUGCUGUCAGAGGAGGAGAUCUUCUUCAUCUUGGAAAAUGCAGAGUUGCCGCCGCCCCAGAGAGGCAAGGAGGGGAGACGGGUCCAGGCGCGGGCCCACCCUCCACCUCUACUCCCAACAGAGUGAGGACGGGGAAUGGAGGACCUGAGGACUGGGAACUGGGCUGGGCGCCGGCGGGGAGGGCCGGAGGACACCAGCAUCAGCCUGCUGUUUCACCCGCCCAGGCAGCCCAGGCAGGCAACCAUGCGUAUUGUUCUUCCCGCUAAAAGUGUGUCCACUCGUCUGACGUGUCUCCAGGUUAUCGCCAUAGCGAUGGACGUCUUCACUGAUGUCGACAUUUUUAAGGAGAUCAUCGGCGCGACACUGAGGGGGGUGGCGGUCUACAUCCUCCUGGACGAUUCCCACUUCAGCAGCUUCCUCGCCAUGUUGCGCAGGGUGGGCGUCUACCUCCAGGAUUUCAAGAACAUUCGUGUUCGGACAGUUCAGGGACAGCAGUACCAGUGUCAGUCUGGGGUGAAGUUUCACGGAGGUUUGGAGCAGAAGUUCAUUCUGGUAGACUGCCGAACAGUUUUGUAUGGAACUUACAGCUAUACGUGGUCGUAUGAGAAGAUCAACCUCAGCAUGGUCUUGGUGGUCACCGGUCAGCUGGUUUGCUCUUAUGACGAGGAGUUUCGAAGACUGUACGCUCGCUCCACAGUUCCUGCAGUUCUGUCCAGGGACAGGCUGCCUGUCAAAUACCUGAGAGACCCUGUAGCCUUGCAGAGCCCAAACUCCAGCCAACUUUUCCUUCAACAAAUUCACAUGAGACCCAGAGUGAUGCACGGCAUGAGAAGUGCUCAAGAUGAUAGGUUUAAUAACGCCACCAUGCUAACCAGGGGCCUGAGCAUGCAAGAGAGGCUGCAUCAGUCUCACUGUCCUGACAUGGGGUAUCUGGUGCGGGGACACAGUUAUGGCGGAGAAAUGCAGAAGUUAUCUGCCAUGACUCGGCUGAGGAUUGGGACCAACGAUGUUGGAGUACCCAUUGCGCCCGAGAGGACUGGUUCGAACCUUAGGGGGGGCAGCGAAUUGCUGCUAACAAACAGGUUGUCUCAGCAGCAGCUUCGGCAUCGCACUCGCUAUGGUGCCGACCAGAAUAUGAUACCGUUCAAUUCUGAAACAUCACUCCACAGGUGGAAGAUCGACACAUACCUUAAUGAAAGCGCUAUGCCUCUAGAUACGUCGUGUGAUGCGAUAUCCCCCAUGAUAUCCCCAUUUAGCAGUCACAUGGGCUUAAAUGAACAUCAGUCACAGCUGAUUCACAGCAGGUCGAGGGACAUUAAGUCCAGGAUGGAGGAAAUAAGGCAGAAGAGGCUCAGUCUGCAGGAAUAUGCCAAUCUCAGGCAAAGCCAAGAGUCCUUGAGGUCUAUGUAUCCCCCUCUAGAAAGACCUAAAUUUAUGUCUUCAUUGAGAGGUCCAGACAUGAGGCAGAGCAUGGCAGAGUUAGACUCAAAUGCACAAAAUGGUCGUAACGUAGAAUCAGCCAACCACAAACUCAGUGAGCCAGACAAGGAAGGCGACAAGCAGACGUACGACGGGUAUGAGCCUCUUUCCGGGACAAUACCAGCUGCUGACUUAGAUAUGAAAUUGAGCGAUCCAUCGCUCAGGCUCUCUCAUUUGCAUUCCAGCAAUCUCAGUAUCCAGCACCCAAGAGCGAUGGAGUCUUUGAUUGAGAUCCCUGAAGAAAAAGAGGGUUCAAAUACUCGCAUCAACAGUUCAGAGUCAGCUGCACUCAACAAUAGAUGUGAGGAAAUUUGCAAAGACGAAAUAGCUGUUCCAAAGGAGAACUCUGUGAAAUCUAGCUCACCUGCAGAAUCACAAUUUCAGGAUCAAGCCAGAGGAAGUCAGGGCUCAAUAUGUAAGGUGGCCGACAGAUUAGACUCAGCUGCUCCAAAAGAAGGGAAAAAAUCAUCUAACGAAGUGAAAAGUAUUCCAAAGAUUUUAAACAUAUCUGCGGUAUCUCAGCAUGCAGUGGAAGCUAAGAGUAGUCAUACGGAAAAGCAGCAAGAGGAGCCAACGCUUCAGAGGAAGAAUUCCAUGAGAAUGAAAGUACAAGCGAUGUUUUCAUCAGAUGAAAAGAAAGCAUCCAGAAAAGAGGUGAAGUCUCUCCAAAGAAAGGCGUCAAUGAGAUCUCAUAAUCCCUCAGGAUCAAACCAACCCCUCAGGGCAGACCUUUCACAGGUAUCUGCUGCAGAGCAAACAACUAAGAAAGGUCAAUCGCCAAGCAUCUCCAGGUCGCAGAACUCUGUCAGUAAUCCAACAGAGACUGAGAAGCAUAAAUCUGCAUUCUCAAGAUUAUCUCCUCACCGUUCGAGCAAAAAAAAGACAAACCUUGCAGAAGAGCAGGAUCGAAGCCCAAAGAGCACUCCAGACGACGAGGGACCCACGGUCUUUCAAACCAGGCGAGAGAAAGCCUACAGCCGAUACGAGUAUUUGCUUAGCACCGAAAGUAUUCCUCUGGAUAAAUCGAUGAGGACGGCAAGCGUGAAUCCUUCAGACAAAGACAAAAGCUCUUCCCUGAACAGGGAUGACUCUGGCUAUCAUAUGCAUCAGACACAAAGUGGCACGGACAACAAACUGGGGCGAUUCAUGCAGCGGGUAGGAAAUCUCAUAGGCAAGAAUAAGUAG